AUGGCGGCCAUGGAGCUGCCCGGGGCCUGCCUCCUGCUGUUGGGCCUUGCUGCGUGUGUGUCCCCUGACAGGAGGCCUGGGGUGGUGGUGAAGGUGCUGCUGGAGAAGAGCAGCCCCUCUACGCGCAAAGGUUGGGCAGCGUCUCGGCUGGUGGAGCUGGACUUUGCUUUGCGGUGCGGCUCUCGCAGGCAGGGCUCAGGGCGGCGCAAGCGGGCGCAGGGCGCCGACGCGCUGCCUCGUGGGCUCGGCUCUGCCCGCCCAAGCCGAUGGGCCGUGAUCCGCUCCGGGCCCGCGCGGUGGACAUGGAUCAUCAAAACUGUGCUCAAGACCUUCAAGUAUUUCUUCGGCCUGAGGUUUGAGGUGAAGGGACUGGAGAACUUCGAGGUGGAGGGCCCUGCUAUCAUUGUGUCCAACCACCAGAGCAUCCUCGACAUGAUGGGGCUGAUGGAGGUGCUGCCCGACAACUGUGCCCAGGUGGGCAAGAAGGAGCUGAUGUACGCCGGCACCGUGGGGCUCAUCAUCUACCUCGGCGGUGUCAUCUUCAUCAACAGGAAGAGCACCACCAGCGCCAAGAUGGUGAUGGCAGAGGUGGCCAAGACGAUGGCAACUGACAACGUGAAGGUGUGGGUGUACCCCGAGGGCACAAGGAACUGCACAGGGGAUUUGCUGCCGUUCAAGAAAGGAGCAUUUCACCUCGCUGUGCAGGCACAGGUCCCAGUGAUCCCCGUGGUGUACUCCUCCUUCACUACAUUCUAUAACCCAAAGAAGAAUUUAUUUACAUCAGGCAAGAUCAAGGUUGAGGUUCUGCCUCCAAUAGAGACCAAAGGCCUGACAUCGGACGAUGUCUCUGACCUCACCGACAGAUGUUUCCGCACCAUGAGGGAGACCCUCUUCAGGCUGUCAGGCCGUCCCAGCGAGGCAAAGGACUCAUCCUAGAUGCUUCUCCACUGGCGUCACCGUGUGGUGGUGGCUGAAGGGACCUGUCUGUGGCCAAAUACCGAAGGAACUUCUCUUCCUCUGCAGAGACUUCAGACUCUGGGAACACCACGGACUGGGUGUCAAGCCAGCACUGAGGUUCCCGUUGAGUGGAUUUCUUUUAUGGGUUCAUUAUCUCGCAAUGAAACGUCUCCUUUUUC